AUGGAUUCUUAUCCUAAAUCCACUUUAUUUGAAGGUUUUAAAUCAAAUAUGUUAGGUUUUAAUAAAAACGAAAAAUCUCAGGUAAUUCCUUCCAAAGAGUUACCUGAUGAUUUAUUUGAAGAAAGUUUAGAUCCUUGGAGGUUUUCAUUAAUUGUUAGAUUAAAUUUACAACAAACUAAAUUUGUUGAUGCUGCUAUCCUUCUUCGUCGACAAUGGAAAUUACAUGGAGACUGUAAACUAAUUCCAUUAGGGAGGGGUUUCUUCACAAUAAAAUUGGAUAAUGAAGUUGAUCGUCAAUACAUUAAGGAAGGGAAAUGGGAAGUUCUGAAUCAAAUUUUACAAGUAAGAAAGUGGAUAUCUAAUUUCAGACCUGAAAGUCAAAGAACUUCAAAAGCAAUCGUAUGGGUGAGACUGCCAUGUUUAGGUCUUGAGUUUUGGAGUGAGAAGAUUCUCUUUAAGAUCUGCAAAGAAAUUGGUAUACCAAUUAAACUAGAUGAAGCUACUGCAAGAUGUGAGGUAGGUUAUUAUGCAAAUGUCUUAGUUGAAAUUGAUUUUGCAAAAACUGUUCCUAAUAAGGUUUGGAUUGGCACUAAAUAUGGAGGUUUUCUUCAAAAUAUAUCAAUUCCAGUAUUCCCUAAAUUCUGUCACACUUGCAAGAUUGUUGGUCACAGUAUUGUUGAAUGCGGAAUUGAUACAAGCAAGCAUCAACAAGCAAGUAAUAUGCAGAAUAAUAUGUCUCCUACACCUACUAAUGUUCAACAGCAAACACCUAAGGUACCUCAUAUUCCUUUUGAUAUUUGUGAUAGGUCUGAAGUUGAGAGAAGUUGUUCUAACACUGAAAGGAGACAGAGCAGUUCUCCUGAUGUUAAUAACAUGCAAAUUCUUGAAGAAGAUAUUAUUAUUUCUAAUAUUGUUACACCAGUGCAUACUGGUGGCACUUCUGCACCAGUUAAUAUCAACAGUGGAAGAUUUCACAUUCUUAACCAAGAAGACAACAUCAAUGUGGAUGAAGAGAUUAUAGCUGAUCAAGAAAAUCCAAAAAAUUCUUCAAGUACUGAAAUCCCUGAGGUGGAAAGUAUAGUUAAAUUUGUUGAUGUAGUUUCAGGAAAAAGUUCUAAAAAUGAUAACAAUAACAACAGGAAUAAUAUAGAAGAUAUUCCAAAAGUACUCAAGAUAACUGAAGAAAAUAGUUUGUAA